GGAGUUAAACCCUAUACUAUUCUCCCUCUCUCUGCCGCAACCUCACGCCGCCACGCCAACCCCCAUCAAAUGCUUUUUCUUCUCUUUGUUGCUUCUUUUUUGUUUUCCCCAUUCAACCGAGGGUUAAGUUCUUGAUUCGGCUUGCCCACUCUAACUUGAAACCCGACUUAUAUUGGACGCAAAAUUUGAUUCUUACCUUGCGGAGGCCCUGAAGCGCACCUCCGUCUCUCUCGAAAGCGAGACCUUCUUUCAAUCGAUUGAAAGCCAUCGCCAGUCUCUGUUUCAGCUUCCAGCUGACGUUUCGGAGAUACCCAACAAAACCCUGUUUCUUUUCUCUGCCAUUCGUGAUUCGCAGGAAUUAUUAUGUCGCUUUUUAAACUUUCAAGAAAUGGUGUUCGGAUGUUAAAAGAGCUCUUCAUAGGGAAUUCAUUACUAGUGACUAAAGCAAGUCACGUUCGAGGCCCUUUUUUCAAAUACUUGCGUACUCUGCCACAGCCACAGCCACAAGUUCAGGUGCUUCAAGGUUUCAAAUGGCAGGAACAGCGACUGUAUUCUACCUCAGGUCCCCAGAAUGGCUGUAAUGAAGAGAAUGAACCAAAAGAAACGAUAUCUGUCACGUUUGUCCUUAAGGAUGGAGAAGAGCAACAAAUUGAAGUUCCUGUUGGAAUGUCCAUGUUAGAAGCUGCUCAUCAAAACGAUAUAGAACUUGAAGGAGCAUGCGAAGGUUCACUAGCUUGUUCAACUUGUCAUGUUAUAGUGAUGGAUAUGGACUACUACAAUAAAAUAGAAGAACCAGUUGACGAGGAGAAUGACAUGUUGGAUCUGGCAUUCGGGCUUACAGAAACGUCUCGUUUGGGAUGUCAAGUUAUUGCAAAGCCUGAACUUGAUGGAAUUCGUUUAGCCAUUCCUGCAGCUACCAGAAAUUUUGCUGUUGAUGGCUUUACUCCAAAGCCACACUAAGCAUUUUGCCAUAAUCAGAGGAGGAUCAAACAAAAGGUUUAACCCACUAGUUUUGCCUCAUGAGUCAAUUUAUCUCUGCUUUCAUGGUUCAAAAUAUGUUAGAAUCUGUUUUAAGAAUUGACUACACUUAUCUUCUAUUCUUUUGGAAAUGUAGCUGAUAUGUCACGAUCAAAUUCCAUAAAAGAAAGAAAUAUUUAAAAUUUUUGACUAAGCUCUGGCGACAGGUCAAUAAUUUAUUUAAAAGUUCUUGGUGAUCCUUCA